ACGACACUUUUAAAAAUGAUGACUAUUGCUACAACUGUCACUAAACAAUCAUCUCCUGUUGCUUCACGCAAAAAGUAUCCAGCUCCUCAACGUCCCAGUAUUGAGGAAUUGAAAAAGAAAUAUGAAGCUAAUACUCCUAGCGCCAAGCAGCAAACUCCAAUGACUCCAAAACAAUCUUCACCUAAAAUGUUGAAAAAAUCCAAAGUCAAGCAAAUGGCUUCGAUGUUCAAUUCCAAAAUUUCGCAAAUUAUCCGAAGAGAACCAGAUGCUGGCAAGUAUACUACUUUGGUUAAUGAAUUAUCGCCUGAACCCAAACCUCAUGUUAAGGCUGCAGAGCUAUCCAAACCCUUGCCUUUACCCAAGUUACGUUAUAAUAAGGAAAAAGCUCCCUUGCCUAGUCCCCGAACUAAAGCAAAAGCUAAGGCCCAACAAAAAUCCAUGUAUUUUGUAUCUGAAGACAACUUUGCCAAGUUAACGGUGAAGGAUAAGGCCCAACUGUAUACACAAUUCAUAAAUGACAUGUCCAAAAAGAAUCCGAAAUUUGGCAAACAUGCUGAACUAAUGGAAGCUAAUGUCAAGAAGGUGGUGGCUAGAGGUGAAGUUGUUAAUGAAAAACAAGCUUCAGUCAAACGUUUACUAGAGGAACUUGAGGCUCGUUGUAACUUUCCUAAGCAAACUGUCUCACCUUUGGCCUUGCAAAGAAUCAACUCGAUGCGUAAACCUAAAGCUAAUGCUAAGGGACCAGUUAAAUCUAAAGAAUUUGAAGAUAUUCUAGAGAAAAAAGUAUCUCAUAUUACUACUCUUACCGUAACACUACAACCUAUUCCCGAGAUGAAGAAACAAAGAAGAGCUAGAUCUUUGCCACGUCGUCGUAGAGACCAUGAACAAGUACUUAAGGAAUUGGGCAUUAUUGAACCUUCUCACAAGAGAAACAAUGAUGAAAUGCGUUCCUCUUUGCCUAUUGAGGCCUAUGCUCCUCCCAAGAAGAUCCGGCGCACUAGAAUCGAAAGAUUGACUCCUCAGAUUGUCUUUCAAAAUCAACAAUUGGAAAAUUUAUUCUUUACCUGGUUGAGAGAAAGACAAGAUAAAGAGCAAGAGGAAAUUGUUAAGGAAUCCGAAUUAAGAGAAAUCAAAACCAAGUCUUCCAUAGACAAGCUCUUAGAGGAGGCCAUUGCAAAAUUGGAAACUGUGGAAACCAAACAAAAGGAUGUUAAGCCCCCCGAAAAUGAGCUUCAAAAAUCCCACGAUCACAAUCCGGCCGCCUUAAGUGAACAUCAAUUGCGUAUACAAGCCUCACUACAACGUCUCAACAUACCCGACUGGUUCCGACAAUAUAAUCAAAAUCAAAAGUCACCCGAUGGUGCUGGCACUGGUUCCGCCUAUAAACCCGGUAACUUUACCCGUAAACGAACACAAGAUUCUGGACGAUGGGUAGGUUUAAAUUCUAAAACCACAUCGUUAAGCUCUUUGGGAUCACAGAGAUCCGAUCGUAGUCCUCUACUGUUAAGUCCAUCGGCACAUAGUCAUCAUGGUGGUCAGAGUACACAACAUGCGGGUCAAAAUGUUCAUGCAGCUGGUGGCACAGGUACCGGAGCAAGUGGUGGUGCCUUCUCCAGAUGGUCCACAUCACAUUUGAAUUCAUCACAAACAUCACCAAGUGUUUCACAAAGAGGAUCAUUUUCCCGCGGCGGACCGAUAAAUUCUAGUUUUAUGUCUGUGAAUAGUGGUCACAGUGUGAUACGAAACUCUAUGCGUCAACCGUAUUUGGGUUGGCGUAGUCAGGAGAAACUAUCACAGAGAACAGCGCAUGAAAGAUUGGCCUCUUCCCUAUUGUCGCAACAGCAACGCACAUCACCCACAAGCCAAACGGUUCCGGCUAAUAAUGAUAAACUACAACCUGUUACACCCGAGAUACAAUCCUCCAUUAAAGAGGUUACCUCGGCUAUUGUACAUUAUGUUAACGAUCAAACAAAUCAACAGCGCAGUAGAUCAACGAGUCCAAAUUCGAGAAAAUGUUGGCUUGAAUCAUCAUUUGUGGGCACACGUCCCUUGGACUCACCGCAAACACCUAUUAUAGAAAAUACACCCCUAAUAACUGCUGCCCAAGCUGCUGCAUCAACAUUAAACAGCUCAUUUAGGCCGCCAUUGUUGAAUAACAACAACAAUAAUAAUAUCAAUAAUAACAAUAAUAAUUUACAAUACGCAAAUCAUAAUAUUGAUUUCUCAACAUCAACGGGAAAUGAUCUACAACAAUUAACACGUAUGAACGGUGGUCUUAAUAACGGUACUAGUAGUAGUAGUAGUGCCGCCGGUGGUGUUAAUUUAGGAGUUGAACGUUCCCUGAGUAACGCAUCGCUAGAAGAUGUUUUAGCCUCCCUUUUAGGAUUGCCAACACAUCAAACUGGAGCCAACGCCAGUGAUGCUUAUGCUAGGUCCAGCACAGGAGGCGCUUUAGUUAGUGAGUCACAAACGCCCAAUAAACAACAAACACAACAACAUCAUAUGCCCCAAAAACCACAACCUUUACAACAGCUACAACUUCAACAACUACAACAACAACAGCAACAACAAAAAGAGAAUUUACUAACAAUAUCUAAAGAAGAACAACAACGUUUGCGACGACGCAGUGAAGGAGAUGCGGCAACUAAGCAGAAACAACAGCAGCAGCAACAAGAGCAACAACAACAGCAUUUCGAACAAAAAUCCCAACACUAUGGUACAAAUGCCAAAACGUAUGCCAGUGACACAAUCACCACCGUCACCAACACCAAUACGACGGCAAAUGGCCAUGCAAUUGGAGCGACCGCGUUCCUGCCUCCCCGGCGUGUAUCGCUCGGUGACUCCUCAGAAUCGAAUAAUCGAACAGCCAGCGCCUCUGGUGAGCUGCAGAUCAAGUGCCGCAAUAACAAGUGCGAUCGCACUGCCACGCCCGCCGACGCCAAAAAGUAUUACAAGUCAUGCCACAAUUGUACCUAUUUAUAUUGUUCGCGUGAAUGUCGCCGAGCCCAUUGGGAGAAACAUCGUAAAGCGUGUCUGCACUCCCGUGUCUCAAAUCUGUGCCGCCAAGUGUUAGCCUCCUGCAAGGAUGAUAGUGAUUCUUUGCGUCAUUUGAGCCUGUUGGCACGCAAAGGAUUCUUGUCGCAGGGUCGUGGAGUGGUUAGGAUUCUAUUUCGUUCUCCAGAAUCGGCUGAGGGUUUUAUCAAGAAUGGCUUCCAGUGUAUGGGUGAGGCUUCGUAUGUUCGUUGGCCAGAUUUAAUGCCAGCUGAAAUGGGUCUUGAGCUUUAUUCGGAAUUAUUAAAACUUAGCACUGAAUAUCGGCCUGAUUCCAAAAUGUUAGUGUAUGUGGCGGUGUGUGUGGUCUCGGAAGCCCCCGGCAUGGGCCAGGCUCCAGUGCGCUGGGAACGUCAACUUGUUUCACGUUGUGCCAAAUUGAAAUUAUGCAAAACUGUCUUAGCAGAGCUGGAACAACAGCAACAACCUUUACCCUUACCCGUUACAGUGGUGGCUGUACCCGAACCCACCACCGAAGUUCUUAUACUCACUUUCAAUCCUCAGCUACGCAAUUCCACUGCUCAACGUGAAUUAGUACUCUCGAACAUACUCGAUAUUCUCUCUAGACGUGGUGUCAUUUUACGCAAACAUUAUCCGGAAAUCUUUCAACGUUUACAAACCUAUACCGAAGGUCAAACGGAUAAAUUCAAUCCUGUCACUUUACAUCCUCGUGAUUCUCAUACUGGCCAAAAUUUCGUCUGCAUUAUAAUGCCUGUACAGUCUGAAACUGAAAUUAUUAAAUUACCCUCUAUAGCUGAUGGUGGUAAUCGUGUCACAACCAUUGAUGUAGGUUCUACAGCCGCUUUGGCCCAACUGGAUGACGAUGAGCUAUUGACUCGCACGGCCACACUUGCAAGUUGAUUAAAAUCGUCAACACGUAGGGGUCAUCGUAAAACUAACUCAAAUUCCAGUAGUAAAAGUAGAAAUUCACCUUCACCCCAACUAAUGUCACCCGUCACAACAUCCGUGGCCGUCGUAGAGGGUUUCAGUUUGGAAAGUACUCGUAUGUAAAUUUAAGUUUCAAUCUUUAGUUAGCUUUUCCUAACAACUCUCCCAACACUCUCUUUUACACUCUACAUGUCUAUUUAAUUAACUAUAUAGAGAGCUUGUUAUAUAGUGCCAUUUACAUCAUUAUAUCUAAAACUAUUUAAUCUAAAGUAUAUCAUUAAAAUUGAACUAAAGCUUUAAAACGAAAAAGCUUAUAUUAAACCACAACAACAACAAAAGCAAUCGUUAACAGCUUUCUUCUAUACUUAUAUAUAAAAAAAGUACUUUAACAUUCACACUAUAUAUUCUAUACUAAAAAACAUGAUAAAUUUCACGCGAUAAAAAAGCUUUGUAGUAAUAAAAUCUUUCAUAUGAAAGCAUUCUACAAAAGCUUUUAUAUUCCAAUAAAAAGCUUAUUUAUAUAACACGUAGUUAAUGUAAUAGUUAUAAAACAAAAGUUUUGGUUUAUUUAUACUUUAUAAUAAGAAGCCAAAUAAACUUCAGAGAAUAAAAAAAAAAAAACGAUAAGCUUUUUAUGGAAGUAUAAUGGAUCAUAGGAAAGAAAAAAGCAUAAUUAAUAGAUGUAAAAUUACCUUUAGAAAUAUGAACUUUAAAAGUUAUUGAAUGAGUUUAAAAAGUUUGAUCAAUGUUAUUCUACUUUUGUUCCUUUGAACCCGAUUAGAAUAGGAGUACCUAAGCAGCCGAAUAUAUCUCUUGAAAGUUUGAUUAGCUGUCAACCCAAAAUUUUUAUAAUCCUAGUAGCUUUAAACGAAAAUCAGACAAAGAAACAAGAUCGGAAUGAAACCCUUGUCCUUAUGACUAAUUUUGUUUAGACACUAAGGCAGGUCCAUCCUCUCUAUACUUUUAUAACAGAAACUCCUACAAAAGUCAUUAUAUUGAUCUUCUAACUCCAUAAUGAGCAAUUAUAACUAACUAGCUGAGAUCGAAUACGAACCUUUUUGGUUCAUGCAACUUGAGCCGCAUUUAACAUUUCUCUUAGAUAUGAGAAAACUACUUACAAUUGAUCUAUGAAGGGUACAAGGCUCUAUAAUAUUGAAUGUAUCGGCUCAUUUGUGAAGAAUCUGAGGUUUUAUAUCGUUAAUCUAAAUCGAUGUUAAUGUUUCUCGUAAAAACUAUGGUUCCGGAAAUUAAAGUGUCACAUUUUCCAAGAGCAUAAUCCAUGGACUACAAAUUGUUUAGAUAUCAAGUAUAACUAUAUUUCGCAAAGGUAUUGUGUUUGGAGUUUAAAUCCUCCUCGUCCGAAGGGAAUUCAUAAUACAACUUACUUGAUGUAGAAUCAAUUCUAACGAUCUCUUUAUAAUGAGCAGUUAUAACUAAUACAAAAGCAUUUUGUCGAGAUUUUCGCAGAUGCGAAAGAAUCGAAUAUGAACCUAUCGGGUUUAUGCAACUUAGCUUAAGAGGCCAUCUGCCUUGAGCCACAUAUACCAUCACUCUAAGGUGAUUGAAUGAUCUAUGAAGGUUUCAUUGAUCUGUGAAGGAUACAAUGUUUCUACAACCAUAAUAUUAAAUGUCUCGAUUCAUUUGUGUAGAACUCAUCAUUAUAUAUACAUUAAGUUAAUGAUCCUCAUAAAAUACUGGUUCCGCCAAAAAGUAGGCCUGUUAUAAUGUUCAUGAAAGUUAAAGUUCCACAAUGUUCAUGAACAUAAUACAUGGACUACAAAUUGUCCAGAACAAUUAUAAUUUCGUAAAGCUAGUGUUUCAAAUUGCCUGGAGUUUAAAAUCUUUGCGUUUGGAGGGUAUCCAAAUACAAGAAGAACUUUUUCACACAAAGUCCGAAUGCAUGGACUCUGUAGUUCUCAAUAGCACCCCCGAUCUUGAUAUUCCACCUAAAAGCAUUCUAAAGCAAAUAUGUAACUCAGUGGUUUUGUGUUACCUAAAAGCACUGAAUAGUUCAAUGAAGAUCAGAUCAGAAGAUCAGUUGUCAAAUUAUUCUAAAGUAAUUUGAUCUUAUGGGAAAAAUUAUUUUAAAGAUCACAUGAAGGAUACACAGAUCAUUUUGGAUAGACUUAAUUGGGUUGAAUUUCAUAAGUUUUUAAGUUCGUCUGUAGCCGCACCAAUUAGGAAAAUGGACGCUGUAGAUGUUUUCCACAACUCGCCUAUAUCUGAUAGGUGUCAAAAGCUUCGACUAGAGACCGACAAGCGGCUGUUUUUGAGACGGCUUGAAGUGUAAUUGAUUCAGAUAUCCCUGGAUUCGUCAAAUAAAAUCAUGUAUAAGUUUUGCCUUAUUAUAACCUAUGAACGCCACAAUGUGUUAAAUCAGAGGAAAAAGUUUACAAAAGAACAAAGAGGUUUUUUACUUAAGUCCAAAGAUUUGAGAAUCAUUGACACAAUAAAAGAUCGAUCACAGGAAUCUAUAUAAGAUCAGUUAUAUUAGAAAUUCUCCUACAAAUACAUUAAAGGAACUAUUAUAAACAAUUAUUUACCGGGAGUUUGUCCCCUUUUGGGUGUUUUAGGUAAAGAAGAGGAAAAACUUCUCUCAGGACUCGCCGAUAUCUACUAGGAACCAUCACGCUGCUUCUUUUGUGAGUAGACUUUAAGCAAUAGUUUUACUUAAAGUCACCAUUUACUAUGGAAGCCGCCAUUCACUAUAUCAGAGGGAAAUAUUUACAAAAUUUAGAAGAGGUGGAGAAUUAAGGUUUCUUCCAAUGAAUCGAGAUCGAUUUAGAUCACUUAUUGUUAGAGAACAAGCAGCAUUGAGCUUGUUACUUAAGUCUGAAGAUUCUUGUCUAUAUUAUAUGUUUCAUUGAGAAUCACUGGCACAAUGAAAGAUCGAUCACAGGAAUCUAUAUAAGAUUAGUUAUACUAGAAGCUAUUCCUACAUUAAAUGAACAAUUAUUUACCAUGCAAAGGCUUAAGGUAUAGAUGAGGAAACAAUUUCCCUCAUUCAGAAUGGGUCUGUGAAUCUUUUAAGAUUGAUUAACAAUAGAUUGUUUAGCUCACUUAGUUUGAAAGAACAUGCAGCAUGUGACUUAGAGCUAAAGUUGGAUAAGUAACUAAAACCCUCUGGUCCAUAUUGUCUACAUUAUCUGGAACUAUUUCCACGAGAAAACUUAUGAAAAAAAUCUUAUCAGAGAAGUGGAUUUGGACAAAAUAAGACAAGAAUUUGAACCAGUUAUGUACUUCACUAUGACAAUGAAAACCAAUUGUAAUAGGACCAGCAGUAUCUCGUUUUGGGACUAAAGUCUUUCUUGUCUGAAAUUCAGAAGCAUUAUUGUGAGAAAGCCAAUAAUCUUCAAUAUACGGAUUUUUAUAGUUUUUACAAUUCACGUUUUUUUCUAAAGGUAAUUAUUGGUCUUACAUCAAACAUUUUCAAAACAAAGAAACUAAAGAAAUCAUUUAAAUAUACUUAAAACUAAUUAACCUGCAGCUUCCAUUACAUCAAAUAAUACAAAUAAAACAAUUAAAAUUAACAAAA